CUUUAAGUAUUAUUCUGAAGAGUACUAAACGAGCUUCUUCUCCAUUCUGCACACAAGUGUUAAUCAGCGAUACAUAUACACAGACACAGAGAGAUGAAGAUAGAAGAAGUACAAUCUACAACAAAGAAGCAAAGAAUUGCUACCCAUACUCACAUCAAAGGCCUUGGUCUCGAGACAAAUGGAACGGCAAUACCAUUGGCUGCUGGCUUUGUUGGCCAGUCAGCAGCGAGAGAAGCUUCAGGCCUUGUAGUUGAUAUGAUACGCCAAAAGAAGAUUGCUGGUCGGGCCCUUCUAUUUGCUGGUCCUCCUGGUACUGGAAAGACUGCUCUUGCACUUGGAAUAUCUCAGGAGCUAGGGAGCAAGGUUCCAUUCUGUCCAAUGGUUGGAUCAGAAGUGUAUUCAUCAGAAGUAAAGAAAACUGAGGUUUUGAUGGAAAAUUUUAGACGUGCCAUCGGUUUACGUAUCAAGGAGAACAAGGAGGUUUAUGAAGGAGAGGUGACUGAACUCUCCCCAGAGGAGAUGGAGAGUGUGACUGGUGGAUAUGGUAAAAGCAUUAGUCAUGUUAUUAUUGGGUUGAAAACUGUCAAGGGAACCAAGCAACUGAAGCUGGAUCCAACUAUUUAUGAUGCUAUAAUUAAAGAGAAGGUAGCUGUUGGUGAUGUUGUAUACAUUGAAGCAAAUAGUGGGGCAGUUAAAAGGGUAGGUAGGAGCGAUGCAUUUGCAACAGAAUUUGACCUAGAGGCAGAAGAGUAUGUUCCACUGCCUAAAGGAGAGGUUCAUAAGAAGAAGGAGAUAGUUCAGGAUGUUACACUACAUGAUCUAGAUGCAGCAAAUGCACGGCCUCAAGGUGGGCAAGAUAUAUUGUCUCUUAUGGGUCAAAUGAUGAAGCCUAGAAAAAAUGAAAUCACUGAAAAAUUACGGCAGGAAAUUAACAAGGUUGUUAAUAGGUAUAUUGAUGAGGGUGUAGCAGAGCUUGUUCCCGGAGUCUUAUUUAUUGACGAGGUACAUAUGCUUGAUAUGGAAUGCUUUUCAUACUUAAACCGGGCUUUGGAGAGCUCAUUAUCACCAAUAGUAAUCUUCGCUACAAAUAGAGGAAUAUGUACUGUGAGGGGAACGGAUAUGAGUAGCCCUCAUGGCAUCCCAGUGGAUUUGUUAGACCGGCUAGUAAUUAUACGAACAGACACAUAUGAUCCCGCUGAUAUGAUAAAGAUUCUUGCUAUCCGUGCACAGGUCGAAGAACUGGUUAUAGAUGAAGAAAGUUUAGCUUACCUGGGAGAAAUUGGGCAAAAAGCAUCAUUAAGGCAUGCUGUGCAGUUGUUAUCCCCUGCCAGUGUUGUAGCAAAAAUGAACGGCAGAGAUGGUAUUUGCAAGGCGGAUCUGGAGGAAGUGUGUAGUCUAUAUCUAGACGCCAAGUCUUCGGCAAGACUUCUUCAGGAGCAGCAGGAUAGAUACAUUUCUUGAAUAAAGUGUUUGUAAUCGAUUGUAUCGUUUGUUGAUCCCAUGGCAUUGCUUUAAACAUGAACGCUAACAUUCAGUAAAUUUAGGAGUAUGUAUUAUCUGGAGGUUCAUUUUUUCUGCA